UGCAAAACCAAAUCUCGUGCGAUUCAUUGUCUGCUCUACUUCACUGUACGCUCGGCACAAACUCUAAGCCGGUCGUCGGGCGCGUGUCUGCCUAGAUCCACACCAACUUAGAGACCUCUCCCUCCAAAAGGUAGCAGUUCCCCCGAGCAGCGACGGCGAGGUCAAAAUGAUAGCGCGGAGACUCCUGUCGUCUCGAGCGCUGCAGCCGAGUUGCUCCGCAGCGGUGCAACUUGAGCAUGGCCGCCGCGGCCGACUGGGUAUCCGACGGCCAGCGCCGCCGGCAACCACGCGAGGCUUCGGGUCGACGGCGGCCAAGGACGAGCCGAGAGAGACGAUGGAGUACGACGUGGCAAUGGUCGGGGCUGGACCCGCCGGACUAGCGGCGGCGAUCCGCCUGAAGCAGCUCUCCAAGGAGCGGGGUCUCGACCUCAGCGUGUGCGUUCUCGAGAAGGGGGAAGAGGUCGGGUCGCACAUCCUCUCAGGCAACGUCUUCGAGCCACGAGGUUUGGACGAGUUGAUCCCGGACUGGAAGGAAAAGGGGGCUCCGGUGGCGUCCCCUGUAACGGAAGACUCCUUUAGUCUGCUCACCGAGACGAAGGCUUUCAAGAUUCCCAACUUCUUGCUCCCCCCGCAGCUGAGCAAUCACGGGAACUACGUGGUGUCGCUCUCCCAGCUGGUGAGGUGGAUGGGACAGCAGGCGGAGGAGGAGGGAGUCGAGGUCUACCCCGGGUUCGCGGCUGCGGAGGUGCUCUACAACGACGAGGGCGGCGUGGUCGGCGUCGCCACGGGGGACGUCGGCAUCGCCAAGGACGGCAGCCGCAAGGGCACCUUCGAGCGUGGCAUUGAGAUACGGGCCAGGCAAACCCUCUUCGCGGAGGGAGCUCGGGGAUCUUGCUCGGAGGAAGUGAUGUCGAAGUUCGACCUCCGCCAAGGCAAGGACGAGCAGACCUACGGCCUCGGCCUGAAGGAAGUGUGGCGAGUUCCUAAGGACAAGUGCAAGCCUGGGCUCGUGCAGCACACGCUGGGGUGGCCGCUCCAGUCUGGGCCGAUGUCGAAGACCUACGGUGGAUCUUUCCUGUACCACCAGGACCCUGAUCUUAUUCUGGUCGGUCUCGUCGUGGGGCUGGACUACGAGAACCCGCACCUAAAUCCGUACAAGGAGUUCCAGCGGUACAAGCACCACCCCCGGGUGGCCGCGCAGCUCGAGGGCGGCGAGUGCAUCUCUUACGGGGCGAGGACGCUCAACGAGGGAGGGUACCACUCCCUGCCCAGGCUCACUUUUCCGGGGGGCGCGCUGCUGGGAUGCGCGGCGGGGUUCCUGAACGCCGUGAAGAUCAAGGGGGCGCACACGGCGAUCAAGUCUGGGAUGCUGGCUGCCGAGGCGGCUUUCGACCUGCUGCAGGAAAGCAAGUUGGAUCCCGUGUCGGAGAGCGGCGCCGUGGACUCGUCGGAAGGUGCUCUGGAGUCGGACUUCCAAAAGCGCAUGGACGAGUCGUGGGUCAUGAAGGAACUGAAGGAGGUGCGAAACUGCCACGCGUCGUUUGCGAAGGGCAUGCUGCCGGGCCUCGCGUACACAGGCCUAGCGGCGCACGUGCUGAAGGGGAGAGAGCCGUGGUCAUUCCGUAACGGCAAGAAGGACGCCGACACAACCCUUCCCGCGGACGAUCCGAGGUGCGCGCCGAUAGAGUACCCCAAGCCCGACGGGGUGUUGAGCUUCGACCUGCUGAGCAACCUGGCCCUGUCCGGGGUGAAGCACGAGCAUGAUCAGCCGGCGCACCUCCGGGUAAAGGCGGGGAUGGAAGAUGUCGCGUCAGAGGUAUCGUAUCCCAAGUACGCCGGCCCGGAGCAGAGGUUUUGCCCUGCGGCGGUGUACGAGUACAACGUGCCGGAGGGAGACGAAGGGGGAAAACCGGAACUGGUGAUCAACGCUCAAAAUUGCAUCCACUGCAAGUGCUGCUCGAUCAAGAUGCCGCAGGAGUACAUCGACUGGACGGUGCCAGAGGGAGGCGGAGGCCCGGGAUACACCGUCAUGUAGGGUCGGCCGCCUUCUCAAUCCUUGCUCGCUUUUCGGAUUGGCCGGACGGGAGGGGGGGGGGGUUGAAGCCAUCUUUUGGCACGCUGUGUUAGUACGAUGACUUGCACACCGUUCUUACGGGGAGUUGCAACGGCGUGCGGCACCAGCCACGGGGUGUUGCGAACCAGAAGGCUGAGAGGCCUGUCGAUUCCAGCUGGAAAGGAGCGAUGCGCCCUUGCGGGUACCGGCUGCUCAAUCCACAGUUUUGCGGGAGAGGUACGUCACAAGACUAUUUGCAAACAUGUGCAUGAUUCGCAAGUUGGGUUGCUUAGAUCAGAGAGGUUAGGAAAUAGUCUGCAGUAUGUGUGGCCUACUGCUACGUGUUUGGGUUUGUUAAUGUUUGUUUUGCAUAUUGAAGGCGCUAUUAGAACGAUUGGAUAGUGGAAAUUGUCGGCGCUACAUGAUACAGUAAGAAGAGCACAGCUAGCAUGACGUUGUCGCUGGAGAUAUGAUGCCCCCCUUAGUCUCACUGGGGGCUGGCGGUAGGGAGUCGAGUUCCCGGCACGACGACCUGGGUGGCCACAGUAGUGGUGUGUUAGCCUAAGAACCGCCGGGGCUCUUGUGACCGUGUCCGCCUCUUUGCCUGGAACUCUGCCGCACGCCACGCUUUUGUUUGCACAUUUGCCGUGCACCGCGGUGUGACUCCAUGACUGCAUAUCCAAUGCAGCAAUGCGCAACAUCUCGAGAGGGGCAAGGCCGUAGGGUACCGUGAAACUGCGAGCGAUACGUGACUGCUACAACUUUACGCGAUUGAAUACAGUCUACAUUAUGCCAAGGUACCCUGGUUCUCCAGCGUACUUCAGCGUACUCUGUCUCAUACAGCAGUACACUAUCAGCCAAACGACGGGAAUCUUUCGCUGAAUGGCCAAAACAGUUUUGACUUGCUGGCUCCCUGCCUCGCCCAUCGCGCGCACUGCCUGAUGACACACAAUAAGGACAACUCCAGCGCUACCGCUGGGUUCAGGGUCUAUAUCGGGCUCCACAGCAGCAGCAGCAUCAUAAGGCUUUAUUACACCACACUAAAUCUACAUGUAAUGUAGCCAGCAUACAGCAGCCACAAAAUGUGGCGUUCUGCAGCAGCGGAGGUGGCGGUGCUGCUGUGGCUCGUAAACUUUGUAGUCUACCACAGAGGUUACACUGCUGUCACCGCUCUAUCAGAGGUUAGUCUUCACUGCUGUGAGAUCGGUAGGCCCGAGCGAGCUUUGGAAAGAGAAAUAUAGAUAGAUGUUCUUAUCAACUGGCUCCCUGGUCAGGCUUUGAUGGGUGCUAGAUGAGAGUGAGCACAAGGGGCGAAGGCGCGCUUGUGUCUCAGCUCAACAACAAAAAAGCAGCAAACACUGCAGGUUCCGAAGGUCUCCGGGGUAUGGGCCCGAGUACCGGAAUUUCGGGGUUCGGAACAAUGAAACAACUAUGAUACANAUAGAUAGAUGUUCUUAUCAACUGGCUCCCUGGUCAGGCUUUGAUGGGUGCUAGAUGAGAGUGAGCACAAGGGGCGAAGGCGCGCUUGUGUCUCAGCUCAACAACAAAAAAGCAGCAAACACUGCAGGUUCCGAAGGUCUCCGGGGUAUGGGCCCGAGUACCGGAAUUUCGGGGUUCGGAACAAUGAAACAACUAUGAUACAGUCUCGCCUGCCAAAUUAUCUCCGCUACAACUCUGUGCUCGUGUUCUCUGCUAAGUACCAUAUCUUCUUUCUGUAUUAUGUCCACGGAAGGCUAGUUGCCGCAGUCGCACCUAUGGUAUCCGGUUGUAGACCUGCCGUUGUCUGGGUUGGCUACAAAUGACGAGUCAGCGAAGCACGAGAGUCUGAACUGCCCCUUCUUGUAUACGAUCGGCAGGUCCGGCGUUCCGCGUAGGUACCGUAGUAAGUGCCCGGCCGCAGCCAUGUGGACCUGUGCUGGGUUUGCGCAUGCCCGUGUCAGUUGGUGCACUGCGUAUGACAGAUCGUAGCGGGUGCAUUGGGCAAGGUACAGGAGACGCCCGGCGAUGGCCUUGAAUCUCUGCUUGUCCUCGGGUCCGAGUAGUUAGUCUUGUGGCUGCUCGGUUGAUAGUUCUGCUCCAUACCUGGGGGUGCUGACCGAGUUUGCCUGUUCCAUUCCGUAUCGCUGGUCCUUGCGAUGUCCUGGAUGGUGUCUUAGUCCGCGAGUUGUUAUGGCUGUCAUCUCCUCCAGCAGCAAAGUAGUCGUCGGAAUCCGUGCCCGCGUUGUUUUGGCGAAGUUAUGAUCGGUUGAUGUUGUCCUGCUGCAUGUU